AAAGACUGAGAAAAACUAGAAAGUCUAAACAUAUAUAUACCUCGAAGUUUCUCAAAGUCUGAUUCUUAUGUAGAUAGAUAUUUAUAUAUGAUGAUGAUGAUAUGGUAUAGCAUUAACUUGGGGAGUUAGUUGACUUCUUCUUUCAUCUUUUUUCUAUAUAUACAUAAAAGAUUUUAAAAUCAAAAAAGAAAAAAAAAACAAGAUCAGAUUAUAUCAAAGGAUUCACAUGAUGGGAUCAGCUGCUUAGUCAUCCACGCCUUCCAAAAUCAAGUGGCCAAUUUACUAUAAAGACACCCUUUUUAAUAUCAACUCUUUAUACCUCUUUGUUCAUAUCUUCCAAACUUAAAGAAAUAAUGGGCAAUCUAUUAUGUUGUAUAAAAGUUGAUCAGUCAACAGUUGCUGUCAAAGAAAGAUUUGGCAAGUUUACUGAAGUGCUUGAGCCAGGAUGCCAUUGUCUACCAUGGAUUUUGGGCUCUCAACUCGCUGGUCAUCUCUCUCUUCGGCUACAACAGUUAGAUGUUCGUUGCGAGACCAAAACAAAGGAUAAUGUGUUUGUCAACGUUGUUGCAUCUGUACAAUACCGGGUUAUCAUCGACAAGGCUAGUGAAGCUUACUACAAACUCAGUAAUCCCCGGACUCAAAUCCAAGCCUAUGUUUUUGAUGUGAUCAGAGCUAGUGUUCCUAAGCUGAACUUGGAUGAUGUUUUUGAGCAAAAGAAUGAAAUCGCUAGAGCUGUGGAAGAUGAGCUUGAAAAGGCUAUGUGUGCUUAUGGAUAUGAAAUAGUUCAGACACUCAUUAUUGAUAUCGAACCAGAUGAACAUGUCAAACGAUCAAUGAAUGAAAUCAAUGCAGCUGCAAGGAUGAGGUUGGCGACUAAUGAGAGAGCCGAAGCAGAGAAAAUCAUACAGAUUAAGCGAGCAGAGGGCGAGGCUGAAUCCAAGUAUCUGUCUGGUGUAGGCAUAGCUAGGCAGCGACAGGCGAUCGUUGAUGGCCUGAGAGAGAGUGUGGUUGGUUUCUCCCUCAACGUGCCGGGAACCACUGCCAAAGAUGUGUUGGACAUGGUCCUUCUAACACAGUAUUUUGACACCAUGAAAGAAAUUGGAGCCACCUCAAAGUCUUCAACAGUGUUCAUCCCCCAUGGACCAGGCGUCGUAAGAGACGUGGCCACUCAGAUUCGAGAUGGGCUGCUUCAGGCAACCUCAACCUCAUCUCCUCACAGUCACUCUUGAGGAAUCGAUGUACAAAAUGUUUGUGCUGAAUAAGUUGGCCUACUUGCUAAGAUUUAUUUAGCAAAGCUCUCAUCAUAGACUACAUUAUGGUGACUGAAAUAGGUCGAACAACAUACCAUAUACUAAAAGAAUUUCUUGCUUGUUUUACUUAUUUUGUCCAUAACUGAAUUUUUGCCAAAAAAUGAAAAAGAAAAAACAAAGAACACAAGGCAUAGGGAAUAUAAAUAGCCAUCAAAAUUGGAAAUGAAGCUCAACUCAAAACCCCCUCCAUAACUGGUUUCAUCACCCUCUUUCAGGAGUGUGUCAAUAGGAGUAAUAGUUCAAAACGGUCUAUGACACCAAGAACAUUUAUUUUUUACAACAAGAAAAAAGGAAACCGCCAAGAAAUUAAUAAUGUACCAUAAAGACUUGUUUCAAGGAGGAAGAAAAAAACAGAAUCCACAAUUUGAAUUAAAGAGAAGUCAGUCUGAAAUCUUAACGGACUACUAUGCUAAGCUCCUCAAUGGUGAACCCUGCCAUGGUGACCAAUUGGAAAUAACUCACUCAUGGCUUGAGAACCAAAGCCAAUCCAACCUUCGCACUCUUUUCAAUGGCCUUGGUGUCUACAUCCCCAGAAAUGGUGAAGAAUGACUUUGGUCGCCACUCGUGC